CUCUCUCUAAAGCUCGCUCAGGAGCUUAAACAGGGGUAUUUGUUGAUUCAGGAUGUUUGGGAACAUAAUAUUUCCCAUUACAUGUAUGCAUUCGGAGCAUUGGGCAUGUCGUGGUGUGAGAUGAUUGCUUAUUCGGGACAGGUUCUUCCAGCUGGCGUGAACCUUGCCAGGGUGGGACGACCAGGACCUGUCAACACAAAGGACCACCGACACCAAGGGAGGAGGGAGGAGGAGCGUGACCCUGAAGCAGUGAAUGGGACGAUGACCGGUCGUAGCAGUAAACGACUCGUUUUUCUAUGGAUCCUCGCCGGCGUACUCUACGGAGGCAUCGUUGCAGGCGUUGCAUGCCAAUACCCAAAGGGCUUAUACGUUGGGUCCGCAUAUGUGCUCCUCCUGCUCUUGGUCCUCAGCAGUUAUCUUUUCUCCACUCGGAAACGUAGCGGAGGGAUCUUCACCCUCGGACGCAACUACAUUCUCCAGACCUAUCUCAUCGGUGGAGUCGUCGCCGCUGUGGCCAUCAUCAUCUACAUGGCCAUCCACCACUUUGACAUGCUCACUAGCAACGACAAAUCCCACCUCGGAUCCAUCACUAGGCCGUAGUAUCGAAAACAUUGGCCCCUCCCAUUCGGUUGAUACGACCCAGUUGAACAAAAAAUACCCCCCAUUUGCAUUGAAUAAAAGAAAAAGAUCGAGAGACACUUUAGCCGUACAAUGUUCGAUG